CCGGGGUCAGUGUGACACUUACGUCCCCAGCUUUCAUUUGCGACCACAUGGAACCGACAUGAUGCCGGUCCGGCCCCAUUACCACUACAUCGACUCUCGUCUCGUACCGAUGAAAUCAAAUCAGGCGCUUGGUUUUAUUCCCGCGUCUGCAUUGCAAGCAUUCAAAUUAGGUUGGGCAAUCAUUGCAGCUCGUUCAGGCAAUUUGGGUGUUUCAUGAUUUCUUGAAGUUAGCUGCAGAAAUUGGCGAGUCAGCGACGUGAAGCGAUGGGGAUUCGACGAUCAUCAUUGACUGCCUGCUGGACAAAGAGGAAGAACCUCCGUAAUGCAUGAGGAUCCAGAGGGAGCAUGCUCUCAACAUCCGUGUAUCUCAUUCUCAUAUUUGGAGAGAAGGGAACCAGGCUACUGAUUGGUUAGCCAAUAUAGGUCAUAGAAUUCAAUUUAACUUCUCUGGACAAGGACUUCGGACCUCUCCUAUUAUUGGUUGUAUGGGCUUUUGGGACAGGUCUCUGCUUUACGCCAAAGCUAUGGGUUUUACGGGUAGAAGAACCCAUUGUUCUAUAAUCUUCCUUCCGCUUAGAUUUCGAAACCUCUGGAUCCGUUCCUCUACUUCCGCUCCUCUUCCUUCAAUUUCUCCCGACGAGCUUAGUGGGUUGGAUACCGACGACCUCAUCAAGUGCUAUUGCAAGUCUGGCAUGCUCGACGAAGCGGUCUCUCUUCUCCGUAGCUUGCUCGAGGCCAGCAUCAAGCCUUCAAUUCUGUCCUGUAACUGCGUUUUGUCUUCUCUGGUCAAGGAAAAUCGAUUCGAAGCAUCAUUGUCCUUGUACAAUUUGAUUCAAGGAUCCGGAAUCGAGCCUGAUUUGAUUACAUUGAAUAUAAUGAUUAAUUACUACGCUAAGAUCCGCCGAACCGAUCUUGCUUACCAAGUGUUUGAGGAAAUUCGGAGCCGUGAUUAUGAACCCACGGUGGUUACUUUGAAUACCCUGAUCAAGGGUUUAUGUAAUCAGGAUAGAGUUAGUGAUGCUCUUAAUGUUCUGUCUCAAAUGCACGAGAAAGGGCCGAGUCCAAAUGAUAGGACUUAUUCUAUCCUUAUUAAUUAUCUUUGUAGUUCGUUAAGAUCAGGGGCAGGGCUGCAAUUACUUGGGGAAAUGUUGCAAUUAGGUUUGAGACCCACUGUGGAUACGUAUAACAAUGUCUUAGCUGGUUUAUGUAAGGAAGGUAGAAUUAAAGCGGGGAGAAUACUUUUUAGUAAAAUGUCUAAGGUGGGUCUCAGACCAAAUGUGCGAACGUAUACAGCUCUUAUUGAUGGGCUUUGUCAAGAGAAAUUGAUUGGUGAAGCCAAGAAGCUAUUCUACGAGAUGCCAGAAAAAGGUUUGUCUCCUAAUGUUCAUACCUAUACAGUGUUAAUUCUUGGUCUCUGUGGUGAAGGGUACUGGCUAGAAGCUAAUGAGAUGAUACUUGACAUGCUGAGCCAUGGAAUCAGUCCGAAUGUGUUCACUUACACAGGUGUCAUGAAAUGUCUUUGCAAAGAGGGACAUUUACAGGCAGCACUGAGGCUCUUAGAUCUUAUGACACAACAAGGGGUUGAGCCUAAUGAAUUCACGUUCAAUACUUUGAUUGAUGGGCUCUGCAAAGGGGAGAGACUGGAAGAUGCACUUCAGAUCUUCCAUCUCAUGGAAGAGAGAGGCUUUCAAAAUAAUAUUGUUGCUUACAAUAUAUUAAUCGACAAGUUCUGCAAAAUUGGGAAAAUGGAGGAAGCCACAAAGAUCUACCAAGAAAUUAAAAGCAAACAGUACAAGCCUGAUGUUAUUACUUAUAAUACCUUGAUUGAUGGAUUUUGCAGAUCUAUGCAAGUUCAGACUGCACAGAAGUUGUUGCAGGAAAUGGAAGCACAUGGUCUUGAACCAAAUGUAGUGACAUACAACACAUUGAUACAUGGUUUAUGCAGGGUCCAUGAUCUGAAGGGGGCUCUGGAUCUUGUUGAACAUAUGAAGUCUCGAAAACAAAAUCUUGAUGUAAUCACCUGUAGUACAAUUAUAGAUGGGAUGUGCAAAGCAGGAAAACUUCAGGAAGCAGAAUUAUUUCUUAAUUCAAUGAUUGAAAAUGGAAUUGAAGCUGACAUUGUUACUUAUACCUGCAUUCUAACUGGGUACUGCAAGAACGGACAGAUUGAUGAUGUCUCAAGGAUUCUUAGAAAAAUGGUGGAUAAGGGUAUUCAUCCUAAUGAAAUCACCUGCAGAAUUUUGCCAAGGUUGUGUUUGAGAGGUCAGAUUGAGGAAGCAGUUAAAGGGCCCCUAUCCAUUUGUGGUGGACAAGAAAAAGAUGCUUAGUUAUUUUCUAUACAUCUGGAGAAUGUUUUGGACAGGCUACUUACAUGGAUAUACAUCAUCACCAUCAUCAUCCAAGCCUUAUACCAACUAUAUGGGGUGGAACCCCUUGCCAAAUGUACUAGGCUUGUUUGGUUCUUCAUUUGUCAAUUGGAGGAAGAGAAGGGGGAGAAUUCUUUGGAGAUGUACAAGGGCUGCAGCAUACUGGACAAUAUGGGAAGAAAGGAAUCAAAUAAUUUUUUCAGACUAGAGGAGUAGAGAAGCAAGCAUUGAAGCCAUUACCGUCAGAGUGAUCCAUUGGGUUAAGCCCUUGAGUAGUUUUGAUGAUAUUUCCACAAAUGACUUGCUUAGGAAGUGGGAGGAGGUGGCUGAUUCUUCUCUUCCAAAAGCUGUUAUCAGGCUGGUUUGGUUCCCACCUCCUAGUGGGUUUAUUAAGCUGAAUUUCGAUGAUAGUAGUGAGGGGAGUCUGAGCCCUUCAGGUAUUGGAGGUGUUUUCCAGAAUGAGAAGGGAGGAAUUAUUGCUUCUACUCAGGGCCAAUAGAUGUGGGAGGUUCUUUGAUGGCAGAAAUCUUGGUUGUGAUGGAAGGAAUCCAAAAGGCGAAGGAGCUGAAUGUCAGAAGAUUGAUUAUAGAAGGGGAUUCAAAGUUGGUAGUUAACUGGCUGCAAAAAAGAUGAGAUUGAUUGGUGGGAAUUUGUCAAUGAAAGGAGGAAGUUCAAGUGUUUAACACAAGAUAUAGAGAUCAAGUUGCAAUGGGUUAAAAGGAGUGCAAAUGCUUUUUCUGAUGCUUUAGCAAAGCAAGGGGUGGGAAGGGCCGAAGGGAUCAACUUUUUCUAGGCUGUUUUGUAAUUUCUGUAUUCUUCUGUCAUCUUGGAGAGGUCUAAGAGAGUUUAUCUCUCUCCAUGGUGCUCAUUUGUAUCUU